UUCCUCUCCCUCCUUAUAUCAUCAUUUUGCACCCACAUGACACACACUUCCAUUUAUAUAAAUAAGCAUAUUCACAUCAUAAACCUAUAUAUAUACACUCUAAGAUUUCUAGAUGGUCCAUAUACAUGUGAUCUAAUUAAUCAAAAGCCAAUCUCUUGCCUUGUUAUACAAACAGUCAUCAUUCAAUCCGCAACAGAGAUUUCAAACCCUACUCUCCUUCUUCCUUUUGCUACCCUAUUACAGAUCGUUCUUGUUGAAAUUGCUCAAAACAUAUCAGUAUUUCCCGCAAGCCCUUCGUCCAAUCUAUAUUAACUUGAUAAUUUUAGAUGGAUAACAUAAUGCAUAUGCCACCAGGAUUCCGAUUUCAUCCGACAGAGGAAGAACUCGUCGGUUAUUACCUAGAUAGGAAGAUCAAUUCAAUGAAGAGUGCUUUAGAUGUCAUUGUGGAGAUUGAUCUCUACAAAAUGGAGCCGUGGGAUAUUCAGGCGAGAUGCACACUAGGGUAUGAAGAGCAAAAUGAGUGGUAUUUCUUUAGCCACAAGGACAGGAAGUACCCGACCGGGACUAGGACCAAUAGAGCCACGGCCGCUGGGUUCUGGAAGGCCACCGGAAGAGACAAGGCGGUGCUUUCAAAGAACAGUGUCAUAGGAAUGCGGAAGACACUUGUCUAUUACAAAGGUCGAGCUCCUAAUGGAAGAAAAUCCGAUUGGAUCAUGCACGAAUACCGUCUCCAAAACUCUGAGCUUGCCCCGGUUCAGGAGGAAGGCUGGGUCGUUUGUCGAGCAUUUAGGAAGCCGAUUCCAAACCAGAGGCCAUUAGGGUACGAGCCAUGGCAGAGCCAGCUCUACCACGUUGAUAGUAGUAACAACUACUCAUCUUCAGCGACAAUGAACACGAGUCAUCAUAUCGGUGCCUCUUCAUCGAGCCAUAACCUUAACCAAAUGAAAAUGAGCAAUAAUCACUACAAUGCCAAUAACGUAUCCUCAUCGAUGCAUCAAUAUGGUAACAUCGAGCUCCCUCAGCUGGACAGCCCCAGCUUGUCGCCGAGUCUAGGGACGAAUAAAGAUCAGAAUGAGGGAUUCGAGCAAGAAGAAGAGAAGAACUUCAACUGUGUGGACUGGAGAACACUAGAUAGCUUGCUUGAGACACAAGUCACACAUCCACAAAACCCUAAUGCCCUAAUGUCUUCGUUCGAGACGCAGUCGUAUAAUCCGGCGCAGAGCUUCCCUUCCAUGCUUCAAAACUAUAAUCAUGAGGUUGAAACAAAUAUACAUGAUUCUCUUGGAUGUUUCCCUGACUCGUAAUUAAAAGAAAAUUAUAUACUAUACUAUAUUGAUUUGUUUUUAUGAUUUAAUUGUUUCAUCUGAAGAAUAACUUCUAUAACUGUCUAUUUGUAAAACAAGUUUGGGUUUUAUUACGUAGAGAUUUCACAAAGGUGGAAUUUUUUUAUCUAUCCCUUGGUUUUUCUUGUCCAUAUUUAUAUUGUUACUUGAAUAUAUAAGUCGUCCGUUGAUUCUAA